AUGGGUUGCAAGAAGGUGGGCACAGAGGGGUCCCUCAGGAGCAGUCCCCGGUUGCAGAGUUCAAGACACAGCUUCGAAAAGCGGGCCUCGGAGUGGGGCUUCAGCCGGCCGCACAGCAUCCGGGGGCUUGGAAGGGCGAGGACCCGCUCAGCGGCGGCUGGCGCUGGAGCAGCGGUGCCGAGAGCUGCGCGCGCGCGGGGCCGCCGCCUGGAGCAGACGCUGCCGCGGCGCGUCAGCUCGGAGCAGCAGCGCGAGGCGCUCGGCCUGCUCUGCCGCGUGCACGAGCUGGAGCUGAAGAACGCCGAGAUGCAGUCGCAAGCCCUGCUCCGCGACGGCGCGCUCCGCCACCGCCGCGAGGCCCUGCGCCGCCUGGAGCAGCGCCGCAGCCUCUGCGAGGAGAUCAUCCGCGCCCAGCGGCAGCUCAUCCAGGACUGCAACCUGGCUGUGCCGCAGCAUCUGAAGGAGCUGUACGAAGUGUACCUGCGGGAGCAGGAGGAGGGCAACCUGGAGCGUGCCACCAUGAUGGACCGCCUGGCCUCUCGGGCCCUGCAGGACAGCGCCUUGCCCAAGCUUAGCCCACCAGGAACCAUGCCGACCCCGGAGGAGUCUGACCUAGAGAGCGUCAAGAUGCCAAACUCUGAGUCCCCGCACCAGCACGGAAGCUUCCUCCUCUGCUCGGCACUGAGAGGUGAGCUGAGGACCACUUCCAGCCAUCCAGCCCGCCUGAGCCACCAGGCCAUGUCUCAGAGAUGCCAGCCCAGACCUGGCUUCCCAGGGAGGAUGGAGCAGGAAAGAGGGGAGGGGGGCACAGGUCUGGAGCCAGGACUUUGGGGUCCUCGUUCCCACAAUGCAACAGUUCUCAGGAGGGGUGGCGCUGGGACCCCCGUGGUACCAGCCUGGGCAACAGCUGCCCAUCCUCCUCUGCCGACCUCAGUGAAGCCAAGCACCCGUUCAAGGCCAGCUCCCGGGCCUGGCAAGCGAAGGGCUCCUUUAUGCCCACCCCACCCCGAAUCCGGGCUGUCAACCUGGUGAUGCAGGAGGUGAGCAGUGGGCCCCACGGGUCCCUGGAUGUGGGCAGGAGUACCCGGGAGGGACACCCAGUGGUUGGGAUGGAACUUUUCCAAAACAGCCCUCUGAGGACAUAGGGUUCCUGCUGGGUCCAAUGGCUUCUCUUCCCAACCCAUUCAUCUCACAAGCUGCCACUCAGGUCGGUCUGAAUGGCAAGAUCAACUCCUCCCCUGAAAGCAUCGAGAAUCUGUCGGAGAUCCCCUUGUCCCUCAAAGGGAGGAAGGAGACCACAGCCGACACCAAGAGCAUCAGCGGGAAGGCUGCCAGGCACCAAUCGCAGGCCCUGGGGGCCAAGGGGUGCCAACUGCUGGCACCCACCAUAAAGCAGAGCAGCCUGUCCCUGCACUCGC